AUGGGAACUUUUGGUUUUGAAGUGUUUGACGAUGACAUGGCAUGUGAUGCUCUUGCCUACGUUCAAUCAAUGGACAAACCUUUUGAAAAGUUCGAACAAUGUUUCGAUAGCGUUUUAACUGAAGAAUAUAUUGAUAGUGAAGAAGCGCAGGAGGCUUUGGCUUAUUCCAUGAUCAUGAUAGCCUUUAUCGAUAUGAAAAAGAUAGAUGGUAGAAGUGAUCAACAGUUGGGUGUACCUUAUAGAGAAAGGGUUGUAGAUAUAGAAAAGAAGUUCAAAGACCAAUGGGCAAGUUAUGAUCAAAAACCUUUGGUCAAAAAAUGUAUAGAUGCCUUGGAAAGAAUCAAGAAACCUCAAGUAUCAGAACUUUACGAUUUAUGGAAUGAGUCUGAUGGUAUAGAUGGAUGGUACCCCGUGGUUGAUGGAAUCAUUGCUGACCUUUCAUGA